GCGCCGUGAUAGACUCACCCAGCUCUGAGUAGCCACACAGUCGAGUCACUGCCCGCGCUGCUUGGAGACUGCAGGCGCGAGCGUUGGAUGACUGACUGUCCCGAGCUCUAAGCGCAACGUAUACAAAUCGCGGUCCGCUGCUGCACCUCGCAACCACCGUCACUCCACCCGCCGUCCGCUCACUGAACACCAUGGCCGAUGAACCGGUCUUCGUCAAUCUCAAGAUCCUCUCUCCGUCAACCGAAGUCGAGGGCGGCGUCAACCUGCCGGACCUGCCCACGUCUACAACCAUCAAAGAGCUCCGCCAGCGGAUACAAGAUGCGGUUCCUAGCAGACCAGCGACGGACCGCAUGCGCUUGAUAUACAGAGGGAGAGUGGUGCCCAACGAGACAGACACGCUUGUCGACAUCUUCGGCCUUGACAAUAUACGUGCCUCGAAAGAACAGAGCUUGCACCUGGUCCUAAGGGAACUAGCCACCUCCUCUUCAUCGCCAUCGCCCGCUCCCCGAUCCUCGACCGCACCGCCAAACCCCUUCCGACCUGCUGCUCAAGCACCACCCCCGCCGAGCCCGCUGCAGACGAAUCCCUUCCGAGCGCUCCCACAACCCAGACCGAACUCGCAACCACAGCUGCCGCAGCCGCACCACCACCAUCAUCCACACCAUCAUCACCACCAUCCACAGCCUUUGAACCCCUUCGGCCAAGUCCCAAUGCCCCCGCCCUUCGCCUUCGGACAAGCCGUGGGCCAGAAUGCGCAACCGGGCCAAGCGCAGACACCGACACCGAAUCAGCAGUCGAAUGGAGGCACGCCCGCACCCGAGGACGGCGCUCAGGCGCAGCCAGCAGGAGGGAGGCCGAUGAUGGGCCCAGGAGUGCCCAACUUCCUGCCAAACACAACCAGGACCGUACGGCAAGAGGGCAUCGGGCCCAACGGCGAGCGGUGGACUGUGACGUGGAACAACACCAACGUGACGAUUCCUCUGCAUCCUCACCAACAGCCAAUCCUGCCUCGACCGUUCCCUCAUCCGCAGGGAUUCCCCCUACCCGCUCGACGAACGCCGUCUCCUGCGUCCGGAGACAUGGCCGACCCACUAGUCCGGAUACGAAGGUCUAUGGAUUUUGCGAGGCAGGAGAUGGAGAAUGUUAGAGUGCUGCUUCGGCAGCCUGCCGCGCAAGCUAGUUCACUCGCCUCAUUGAAUCCCCCCGCGUGGCGUGUUGAGCAAAUACGGCACGCCGUUCGGAAUCUCAUUAGUGGGCUGGAUAACGUCGAUCGUGGGCUUGCAUCAAUCGUCGCGGAACCGUCCAUGGCGCAGAAUCGUGACCUCUUGUCCCUGCAACAGUCAGCCACUGAGCUGAGAGCCCAGGCGGGCGAGUUCAAUACAGAGCUGGAUCGCCUACAGGAAGAAAUUGCGUCUAGGCAUGCUUCACCAACCCACGGUACAUCGUCGGCACUGGCACCAUCCUCGUCACCGGCGAAUCCACAGCCUUCACCGAGCAAUCAGACACAGCAGGCUGCGAAUCACACAUCACCAGAUUUCCCAACGGAACUAUUCAUCCUUUCGAGUCCCCAAGGUCCAGUCGGUAUCCUCUUCGAUCAGCGAGGUACAUAUACGACGGCGCCCAUGGUCCCGACGCUACCGUUCCAGACCUUUACUCAGCAGUUUUCUACUAACAGACAGCUUAUCGCGGGUAUUGGACAGCGCAUCGCCCAGAAUUCUACUCAACUACAUAACCAGCUCGCUCCCGGCCAGCCACCGCAGAACCAGCAAGCAGCUGCCGGCGCUCCACCUGUACCGGAACAGCCCCAGAAUCAAAACCAAAAUCAGAACCUGGCUCAGCCCGCGAACGCGAACGAAAACGCAGGGCAGGAUAACGACCGUCUUGGUCUUAUUGCCGGCCAUGCCUGGCUCAUCUUCAAACUCGCCUGCUUCAUCUACUUCUUCGCCGGCGGGGGCGGCUGGUACAGGCCAAUCAUGAUGGGCAUCAUCGCCGCGGUCGUCUACCUCGCGCAAAUCGGCAUCUUCGAGAACCAGUUCAACGUAGUACGGCGCCACUUCGAGGCCCUCCUCCCGCUCCAGGACCGCCCGGCUCAAGGCCAGAAUCGGCAGAACGCGAACGGCGCGCGCGAUCCGAACCAACGCGUAGAGCCGAACCAGAAUCUCACGCCUGAAGAGGCCGCGCGGAGGCUCGUCCAGCAACGCCAGGAGCAGCGCUUUGGGUCGAUUCGGGAAACCAUGCGGACGAUUGAGCGUGCGUUUGCCCUCUUUGUGGCAAGCUUGUGGCCGGGCAUCGGCGAGCGCAUGGUGCAGGCGCAGGAGGAGAGGGCCAGGGCAGAACGAGCUGCGGAGGAGGAACGGCAGAGGCUGGAGGAGGCGAGGAGGCAGGAAGAAGAGCAGAGACGGCAGGAGCAGGAUGCGAAUGCGGAGGGAGAGAAGCAGGAGCCGAAUGUGGAAGAUGGACCGAGUGGGACGGCGGGAAGUAGUAAGGGGAAGGAGAAGGUGGAGGUUGCGGAGGGGCGUUCCGCUUCGUGAGGGCAUAUUGACGGUUGCGUGCCUGUCCGAUAUAUUUAAUUCGACCUGUGAAUACUGAACUGGACUUCCAUGCGUACGUACCAGAUUAUAGAUCCCUCUACGUAGAGCCGCCGUCAAAACACGCCAUCUAUGAUAGACCAGAGGCUCCCCACCCAUACCUGGACAACAAGCCAUGGCCGCUGGUUUGGCAAGUAGGACAAAGGGCUCGGUGCACGUCCCUUCCAUUCAAUAGCACGCGCGCCGAUUCCGUUUACCUUGAAAUACUUCUUCAAAGUUCUAACCCCAUCCCUUCAUCACGCAGCAUGCGUGGUUUCCUUCCUUGCCGUACACACGUAUCAAACUUACUCGUCU